AUACUUUCAGUUUGUGCACGUCUGAACUAGGUGGGUCAAACUCUGUCGGAGGAGGAUUCACACACCAGAUGAACAAAUGUUUUCAGCAGGUAGUUUUAUUAGAUCAGACACUGAACGAAUAAAGGACAUGCUUCAAAUGCUUUUUUUGUUCUGUUUGUGCUGGUGGAAUCUGACUGGUGUGUUUGGUGAGUCAGUGUCAGUGAUGGAGGGAGAUUAUGUUACUUUACACACUGAUCUUACUGAAAUACAUGAAGAUGAUGAAAUAAUGUGGAAUUCUGAAUCUGAAAACUCUCUGAUAGCUCAAAUAAAUAGAGCUGCUGGAAUCUUCUUUACAUAUAAUGAUGGGAGAUUCAGAGACAGACUGAAGCUGGACGAUCAAACUGGAUCUCUGACCAUCACAAACAUCACAUCUGAACACGCUGGACUCUAUCAACUAGAGAUAAUUGCAGCUGAACUGUCAUCAAAAGCAUUCAGUGUUUCUGUCUAUGCUUAUCUGCCCACUCCUAACAUUACCAGAGAUUAUUCACAAAAUCUUUCAUCAUCAUCACAGCAGAAUUGUUCAUUGUUGUGUUCAGUGUUGAAUGUGAGUCAUGUGACUCUCUCCUGGUACAAAGGAAACAGUUUAUUGUCCAGCAUCAGUGUGUCUGAUCUCAGCAUCAGUCUCUCUCUACCUCUGGAGGUGGAAUAUCAGGAUAACAACACCUACAGCUGUGUGCUCAACAAUCCCAUCAGCAACCAGACUCAACAUCUGGACAUCAGCAAACUCUGUCACACAGGUUCAGAUCAGGGUUUACCAUUAUUGUACAUAGUGCUGAUCUCUGCUGCUGGAUCUCUGUUGAUUGUAGCUGCAGUUGUGAUGUGCUGCAUCUGCAGGAAAUGUAGAAAAACAGACCAAACCUGGGAGAAUGACAGAUCUGAUUCAGCACUGUGUAAACCAAAACCCCCCAAAAAG